GAAGGUUAUUAUGACUGAUGAAGAAUAUCAGAUAUGAUUUCUGACGUACUUUUGUCAUAAUGGCCAAUCAGCUCAUGAUGGCGACCGUAACAUUUCUUGAGUGCUGAUCUUAAUUUGAUUAAUUCAUAGCCCUGUCUUAGCAAUUUUUGAGAAAGCAGUAUUUCCUUGUUCAACAAAAUUAACGUACUUUGAGCUAGCUAUAGAGUAUCGUAUCAAUUGAGACACAUAUACUCCAUAUGCUGGUGCGGCUGGGAUGUUGCUACAUAGAAAUGUUUGAAACAACUGUAAGUAGAUAUGUCAUACUGCAACAUAUUGAAGAUAUUUCAAAUAUACAUGUGCAAAAUGAAUUUACACAUACACGUCUAUACAAAUAUAAUAUCCUCAGCCUAAUGUAUUUAGUCAUUUGUUAUGUAUUGUGCUAGAUACACAAUACCGGAAAUAUUAUACUUGUUAUAAGAAUGUGAACCGGAUGUAUUAACGACAAUACAAUACGAAGUUUAUCAUGUUUAUAUGGUUUUAACCUUCCUUCUCUGACCUAGAACUAUGUCGACAAAGACAGACCUACAGACGUUCGCCUCAUUAGUUACUCAAAAUGAUACUGAGGGAUGCAAAGAAAAACUUCUAUCAUUACAAGACAAUACUAAAGAAAAACUAGUAAAUACAAGGAUAAGAGGCUUUAAAACUAUCCUGCAUAUGGCUGCUGAUCAAAAAGUUGUAGAUGAAAUAUGGAGCUUACUUUUACCAUAUGCAUCUGAAAUUAAUUUGUACGAAAAUUGUUAUAAAAGUCCUCUGCAAAAAAUUAUUCCUUAUGCAGAUCAAGAACAAAACAAUAAAUGCUUUACAGUAGGUUUUCCCCGACAAUACAAUCAACUCAAUAAGAUAAGAAGUUGGUUAGAAAUGACAAAAAAUGAGACUAGCCAGAAAGUAAACACUUACAGAAAUCAUUUUCUGUGUAAACUUUGUCGACUUCGAGGAAGUGAUGAAGUUGGCAAUAUUUCACAAACCGAUAUCAUAGAAUUUGCUCGGGAACUUAUACAAACGUAUCAUACCAACCCAAACGGUGACAGUGAACAUCGACCAUUGCUUUGGGCCAUGGAAACAGCUAAUCUUCCUCUACUAUCUCUGUUUUUGUCUUUCGGAGCAGAUGCAAAUUGUAGAGAUGAUGAUGACUUUACACCUUUGUUAUACUCUCAUUGUUUACAGGGAAGUAAUACGAGUCUCGAUAUAGUGCUGUUGUUAGUAAAACAUAAUGCGGACAUUAAUAUAUCAGAACCACAAGGAAUCGUGACAGCUUUUCAUAAAUUAUUGUUACUUUUGACACCUGAAGAACUCAAGAUGUUUAUGGAAAGAUGUUCUCCUAAGAUUAAGUUAUCAACAAAAUGCUGUGCAUUACCACUGCCUCCGAUACACGGAUUGUUGGUUCGAGGCCUUUCUGAUUGGACAAAGAAAAAAUGCAAACAGAUAUCAUAA